GCGUCGUACGGCGUCGGUGUGUUUUGGCCUUUAGUGAUGAUGAUUGGCUUAGGGAAAGUAAAAUUUCAUCAUAAACCAAUCAGAGGCAGGCACACAAGCAGGGUUGUCAGGUCCGUGACUUUGGGUUCUAGGGGGGUGUCCAGGCAAUUGAGAGGGACCCAGCUGCAGACAAGAUGGCGGACAAGGGAUGGAAUGGAUAUCCACAGUCCAUACCGGAAGUCACAGCGGAAGUUGGUCUGUGUAUUAUUUGCCGAAGAAGAAGAAGAAGAAGAAGAAGACAACAACGACGGAUAAGACAAAGACUAAGAGAAGAUUGCGAACAAUAUACGCACAGAUGCACCCCCUCUAUAUUGAGUGACGAAGCCAGUCUGGGGCACACAACCCUUUCACCAUCCGUGUUUGGGCGUCCUCUCUGCCCCAAAUUUAAAACCACAAAUGAGAGCGCGAUCCAGAGGCACCUGAAAAACCAUACGGAAAAUACAGUUCAUUUCCAUGGUAUGUUAAUGAGAAGUAUCUGUUUGAGAUCAUAUACUUCUACAUGUAACAGUAUUGUUUAAUGAUGUUUGUUUGGGACAAAACAAGACAUUUUAGGUUGCAUCUUGGGAUUUGGCAAACAGUGGUUGACAUUUUAUACCAUUUUCUUACAUUUUUUAGAUCAAACAAAUAAAUCAUUUUACUGUUUUUCCAUUUUUUCUCUACUCUACUGAGAUUGAUAUGGAUAUCUGGAAUAAAAACUUGUUCACAAAAAAGAGAACUCCAAGUCUACUUCUUUAUGUUGCCAGUACAAUAGUGUAAUAUUGUGUUUACCUGUGUUCCUGAAAUAAUAGAAUACAUCUGACAAUAUGACAAUCUAAUUAUUACAUUCAUUUAAUAGUUUAAAGCCCCUACAAGGAACUUUUAUUUUGAGUUGAUUUUGGCGACCCUGUGGACAAAAGCGGUAGUGUUUUGCCGGAAUGAAGCCUAAAUUUCCCAUGAGCUCUAGCGCAUAUUGUCGUAAAGACGCCUACCUGGCUCGCGCGUAUGUUUGUUUUGGGGAUGAAUGAAACAACAAGACAGGAAAACUUUGCCCCCGCUCCUAUCGGGGAUCCCAGCUCACCUCUGCCGUGCCCCAGCUCCACCUCUCCGGCGUAAGCGCCACCGCCCCCGGGGUAAACGCAGCAGUUGGCUGGUAAGGAUGAAAGCCUGUUUGGUGAGCACUUCCACAGCUUCUUGGACUGAGUAUGGAGCGGUGCCUCGCCUCUUUAUUUCUCGGCACUCGCUGGACCCUGUCGACGCCUGGCUGGUACCUGUCGUCGGCCCGGAUGAGGUGUUCCAGCCCCGCGGCCCCUGCUCUCCUCGUCCCCGCUGGCGCGGGGUGAAUCUGCGCAACCUGCGGCCUCUGUGUGUGGCUCCCCGGACAGCUAACGCCGUGGACCCGCCGGCUCCUGCCAGGAUUGGGCUGGUAAAUGCUAGAUCGCUAGCGAACAAAACGUUUAUCCUGAAGGAUUUCCUGACUUCCCGAGGAUUGGAUUUUCUCUGUGUGACUGAGACGUGGCUGACUGUUGUGGAGCAUGCCACAGCUGUGUUCAGAGUUCUACCACUGCUCUUCCCAUCCAGCACCGCACCUCCUAAGAAGCUGGGCGCCAGCAGAGAGGCUCUAUUCCAUGUCCUUACGACUUCUGAAGACCCAUAUUGUCUCCUGCGCCAGCGGCCUCUGUCUUGUCCAUUUGUGCUCCUCUCUGAAGACAACUGCAUGAUUGCUGUGGGAAGCACACCAGUGACCACAUUUGACAGGGAGGACCUUUGUGAGGGACUGCUCUAUAUCAUGGCAUAUUAUUAUGCCUUCCACCUCACCUACCCCAAGUGUAUUUCCACACUGCUAUCUGUGUUGCAAACUGAAAUUCUCCAAGAUUCCAUCCAUGACCAAGAUUUAGCCCCCUCGUAUAAAAAAGCCCUUGCUGAGUGGAAGUCAUUCAUUGGGUGAGUCUUCCUCUCGGGGUCCAUCUGUUGUUUUCUUCUGGUCUCUUAUGAAGAAAAUGGUUGUCAAAUGUUAAUGCAUCUGUUUGUUCUUGUUUUUCUGGGCAACUGUGUGAACCAGCAACAUGAAUGUUGUUGAUUUUGCAUGCAGCUGGACAUUGGAUGUUGUACUAUUAUUACACUGUUCAAUAACUGCAAUAUUCCCUUUUUGGCAAUGUUAUGUAGUACUCUGUUAAAAUAACUGAAAUGUGCAGUGGCAAUGUUAUACAGUACUCUGUUACAAUAGCACAAACAUGCACUUUCUGAGAGUUUGGCGGUGUUUAGUACUCUGUUAAAAUAACUGAAAUAUGCCCUUUUUAGCAGUGGCAAUGUUAUACAGUACUGUAUUACAAUAACACAAACAUGCACUUUCUGAGAGUGGCAGCCAAGAUGUUAAAAAUUAUGCCUUUGGAAUAGAUUGGAGUUUUGCCUAUUUCUGCUGUUCUCAUUGCUCUAAUAAAAAAGCAAAACAGCA